AUGUUGCUGCAGGGGCGUGAGGUGUUUUUCCUGGGCUGCGCAGUUCUCGGUGCCUCCCUGGCCCUUGUGGAGCACCGUCGGCGUCGAAGGAGUGAGGAGGAUGCCGCGCGGAGCCGGAAACUACGGGAGGAAGAGCGUACUGGCCGCAUCCGCGCAGAGCAGGAGCUUCGGCAGCGAGAACAACAUGUCCUUGGCGGUCCUGACGGUGUUGGCCUUGCCCUCCAAGCCGACCAAAAGCCAUUUCUUUUCCACCCCAUUGGAACGUUUCAGUCUUGCUACCGGCAGCGAUGUGGUACCCCACGUCAGAGCAAUUUGGUCGCUGGAAGCUUAGCUGUCCUGCGCUGCGUGAGGGAUUUGAACCCCAAAGCAGCAUUGGAAGGGCUGGCAGGCUUUAGCCACGUUUGGGUUCUCUAUGUCUUCCACGACAACACGAACAUGCUCAAGGAGUCCAAGACCGUAUCGCAACGCAAGCAGAAGCAGGGACGGGUGCCGCUUUGGCAGGGCCUGUGCAUGAAGGUAGCGCCUCCUCGUUGCCCUGAGUUGCGCGUUGGGGUGAUGGCCUGUCGCACGCCACAUCGGCCCAACCCCAUAGGCUUGUCCUUAGCACGAGUGGUGGAGGUGGACCAGGAAAGGGGCAGGCUGGUUCUCUCGGGCCUGGACGUCCUGGACGGAACGCCGUGCCUUGACAUCAAGCCUUAUCUACCGAGCUUCGAAUCGCUUCCCGCUGCUUGGGUCCCCGAUUGGGUGCAGAAGUCCUACGACGAACCCAUGAUGGAGGUGACGUGGCAUCAGAAGGCUGUCAUUCAGUUUUCCGAAAUCUUCAGUACGUCUCCCUGUUCUGUACCUCUUUGGCCUUUCAAGUCGAAAGAAGAGCUUCGGACCGCCAUCAUGGACACGCUGGCCCUGGACAUUCGUUCGCCUUUGCAGAAACAACGCCAUCCACAUCCCGGACAAGGGAAGGAAGGGAAGGACGAGCCGUUCUUCAGCGGCGACCUUUGGUUCCACGAGCUGCGCAUCCUUUACUCGCUGCUGCCAGCAAUGGCUGGCGAGGCCCCUGCACGAGUGUGUAUUGAUGAAGUCCUGCACAGGGAUCGAAAUGCCCGUGGUGGGUUUCGGUAG